UCAGUUGAAUGGAUUGUUGCAGUCACAUUUGCUGCAGGAACAGCAGCUGUUGGGUAUCUUGCUUACAAAAAAUUUUUUAGCAAGCGCAAAGGCUGUAAUGGAAUGGUGAAUCUCCAUAUUCAGAAAGAUAAUCCGAAGGUAGUUCAUGCAUUUGAUAUGGAAGAUUUGGGAGAGAAAGCAGUAUACUGCCGAUGUUGGAGGUCUAAAACGUUCCCCUUAUGUGAUGGGUCUCAUACAAAACAUAAUGAUGAAACAGGUGACAAUGUGGGACCUCUAAUCAUCAAGAGAAAAGACGUGUGAACAGCAAAUGGUUGGGACGCCAUCAAAAUGAUCUUGUCGCAGUGUUUUCUGCUCACCGGUGAUUGGUGUGAAAGAAGAUCUUAAUUUCACUGAAUAUGUUUAGAUGUGGUAUACAAUACACAGCAGCACAUGUAGUUCAUGUUGCUUGCUUAAAACACUACAGUGUAUAUGUUAGAAAAAAUACCUGUGACUUGCUGAUUUUUUUGUCUUGUUAAAUGCACAUUCUCAUUAAGUGUAAAAAUAAAAAGCCUUUAGAAUGUACUUGAAACAAUGGAGAUAAUACAUUAAAUUAUUUUCAAAUACAUUGUGUUCUCCUAAACUGUCCUUGCCAAGAGCCAUGAGAUUAAACCUAUAUUUUAGUCAAUCUCUAAUGAAGAAAUAUAUAGCUUUCCACCCUUUUGAAAAAUAGAUUUGCAGUACGCAACUCAUCAAAAAGACCAAAAUGAAGCUAUGAUUACUAGAUUAAAAUAUAUACAUUUUAGGUAUGUAGAAACACUGCAGAUGGAAAGUACCAUAUUGCAUAACAUUGGUGGGCACACAGCUUACUGCUUUAUGUACUUCUUCUUUUCUUACAUAUCUGUGGCAGGGUGAAGUGCCUGGUUGGGUUGUUCCAAGGUCAUGGAGGUUUUUUUUUAGAGAAGACAGAUGACUCAGCACAAGACCAAGAGCAUGUAGUCAGAAAAGAGGAAGAUGCUAGAAUGCACCUGUAAGUGGCACAUACAUGCUUUAGAUAUCGUAUAAAAGGAGAAAGAAAAAGCAGGAAGAGGGUUAUAUUUCAGAUGCUGUAGGGCAUGCUACUGGAGAGGACGUCACCUGGUCAAUGUGGAGUGGAAUGGAGGAACAACCCUGUCUGCCAAGUCCAAAGAUUCCAGCCCUGGGAUAUGGAAAACGACCAGGAGGAAAAACCUGGAGUGGCUUGUGAGAGUGUGGAAAGAUGAGGGAGGACUGGGUUAUAGAAAUUCAGAUGCUAGACAGUAGAACUUUGUGAAUUAAAAGCUUAGUAGGAAGACAGCCAGAAGAAAACUCAAGAGACAUUCCAGUGCCACUAAUUGAGAUAAAGAGUGUGAGAAGAAAGCAUACUAUAUGUACUCAUGGAUAAGCUGAGAAUUUUAGGUGCCAAAAUGCACCCCCAAAAUUGGGUUCAGGUUAUCUGUGGAUGGGCUUAUCCAC